UAAGGAUACUUUUCAAGACCACAAAAAUAAAUUCGUAUUAUCUUCAUCCACAGCUGCGGAAGUUUUCCAGUAGCAAUGGCGAGAGGAUUGACGUUCACUGCAGGAGUACUCACGGCCCUUAUUGCUGUUAUACUAGUCCAAGAAACUUGCAGUGAUGCUGCUAAUGUUAAUGAUCAUCACUGUCCCCCUUCUUCCUGUGGCAAUAUCCACAACAUAAGCUAUCCGUUUCGAUUGAAGAGCGAUCCAGAAAUAUGUGGGGACUCAAGGUAUGAGCUGUCGUGUGAGAACAAUCGAACUACUGUGUUAUACUUAUUUGCUCGAAAAUACCAUGUACAGGAAAUCAAUUACAAUAACUACACAAUCCGGGUCGUGGACUCAGGUAUAUGGAAGGAUAAUUACUUCUCCUUCCCAAGUUAUUCUUUAAAUAGCUAUAAUUUCAGUCAAGAUCGCUCUGCAUAUACCACGUAUCUGCCGAAGAGGACAGAGGAUCAGGAUACCAAACUAUCAAGGAGUGUGGUUUUGAUGAGCUGUGAAAAACCAGUGAAUUCUCUAUUCUAUUUGGACGCUUCUACUUGCAAUAUCGACAGUGGAAAGGAUUUCAAGAAGAGAUAUAAAUAUGUUAAAGUUGGUAGAACGAAUGCAAGAGAUGUGGAGGACUCGUGCAAAGUAGAGCAGAUGUUCCUGACAUCUUGGCCAGGAAAUGAUGACCCAGUUAAUACUUCCUGUACAGACGUCCACAAUGAAUUGUUAUAUGGUUUUGAGCUCUCAUGGCUACAAGUUAUUUGUGAACAUUGUUCACAAACCUUUAUUCUUAAUAAUUGCUACCUUGAUGACGCGAACCUUGUUCACUGCGGAGGAAGAUUAAUUUCCACGAUCCGGUGGCUUUUCGAAGUGUAUUUGCCACAAUUAGGGGCUAUCAUCAUAGGGCUACAUUUUGCAGCAAAAAUUUUGUUGGGGAGUCCAUGUGUCAUUGCGUUUUUUAUAUAUAAGUGGCGUAGAAGGCAUUUAUCAAUGUGUGACGCAGUUGAAAAUUUUUUGCAAAGCCAUAAUAACCUCAUGCCAAUUAGGUACUCGUACUCACAAACUAAGAAGAUGACUAAAUCUUUCAAGGACAAAUUGGGUGAAGGAGGUUAUGGCUCUGUAUAUAAAGGAAAGCUUCAAAGUGGUCAUCUGGUAGCUAUAAAGAUGUUAAGUAAUAAGUCCAAUGCAAACGGUCAAGAGUUUAUCAAUGAAGUUGCCACAAUUGGAAGGAUUCACCACGAGAAUGUGGUGCAACUUAUUGGCUACUGUGUUGAGGGACUAAAGCGUGCACUUAUAUAUGAAUUCAUGCCUAAUAGUUCUCUUGACAAAUUCAUUUUUUCUCAAGAAGGAAAUAUCUCCUUAAGUAUUGAGAAAACAUACAAUAUUUCUCUUGGAGUUGCUCGUGGAAUUGAAUAUUUGCAUCGAGGAUGUGACAUGCAAAUUUUGCAUCUUGAUAUCAAGCCCCAUAACAUUCUUCUUGAUGAGAACUUCACCCCAAAAGUGUCAGAUUUUGGACUAGCAAAACUUUAUCCAACAGAUGAUAGCAUAGUGUCUUUGACUACUGCAAGGGGAACACUAGGAUAUAUAGCUCCAGAGUUGUUCUAUAAAAACAUUGGAGGGGUCUCCUAUAAAGCUGAUGUUUAUAGUUUCGGCAUGUUAUUGCUAGAAACGGCAAGUAAAAGAAAGAACUUGAAUGCAUUUGUAGAACAUUCAAGCCAAAUUUACUUCCCAACUUGGGUCUAUGGCCAAUUUAACGAAGGAAAUGGCAUAGAAAUGGAAGAUGCCACAAAGGAGGAAAAGAAGACUAUUAAGAAAAUGAUCAUAGUCGCAUUAUGGUGUAUACAAAUGAAGCCUAGUGAUCGUCCUUCAAUGAACAAAGUUGUAGAAAUGCUUGAAGGAGAAGUUGAAUGCUUACAAAUGCCUUCCAAGCCUUUCCUAUUAUCAUCACCAAAGAGGCCAAUAGGGGAUGUCGAAGACAACUUAAAUUCAACUAGCUCAUCAAUUCAAUAAGGUGAAUCAAGUCAAUUAACUCAAAACUAGUUGAUAUUUCAAUUUGUUGAUUUACAUGGGAAAGCUAACAUUUCCACUAAAUGAGAGCAAUUAGUGAUUUACAAAGAUACUUCAUAUUUAUGUGAAACAAAUAAUUGUUCCCUUGAUUUAUGAUAGCUCUCUUUUAAGUCUUAA